UGUGGUAUAUAAGGAGCAAAAUAAGUCAGUAAAAUUUUAAACAACAGAUUGAAUGGCUCUUGAUACUUUGAAACACUGUCCUUUGGAACAAGGUUCUCCCCAGCUUUGGAUACUAAGCCUUGUAUUGCAUUGGUAGUAACGAAGAGUGUCAAUGGAUCCAUCUGUGGCCAUUGCUCUUGGCUUACUGAUCUGUAUCUUAUGUCUGCUUCUCAUUUCAUCAUGGAGAAAGGGCUUUGGAAGAGGAAAGCUUCCACCUGGUCCUGUUCCUCUUCCCAUUAUUGGCAAUAUACUGCAGCUGGACCUUAAGAAUAUCCCAGAAUCUCUUUACAUUCUAGCUAAAAAGUAUGGCCCAGUGUUCACUCUGAAGUUGGGUGUUGAGCGUAUUGUCGUGUUACAUGGGUACCAGGCAGUGAAAGAAGCUCUGAUUGAUCAUGGGGACAAGUUUGCUUACAGAGCACAGAGACCGUUAUUCAAAUUGGCGAACCAAGGAUCAGGCAUUAUUGUAAGCAAUGGAGAGACAUGGAAGCAAAUCCGGCGCUUCUCCCUCAUGACCCUGAGGAAUUUUGGGAUGGGGAAGAAGAGCAUUGAAGAGCGAGUCCAAGAAGAGGCCAGGCACCUUGUGGAGGAGUUAAAAAAAACAAAAGGAUUGCCAUGUGACCCUACGUUCAUCCUUGGGUGUGCUCCCUGCAAUGUAAUCUGCUCUAUCAUUUUCCAGAAACAUUUUGAAUAUAAAGACCAGAAAUUUCUAUUUUUAAUGAAGAUGUUAAAUGAAAACGUUAAGAUCGCAAGUUCUCCAUGGAUUCAGGUCUAUAAUUCUUUUCCUUCUCUCGUAUAUUAUCUACCUGGAUCUCAUCACAAAGCAAUUAAAAAUGCUCAUUCAGUACGUAAAUUUAUUUUGGAGGAAGUGGAGGAACACCAAAGGACACUGGACCCCAGUAAUCCUCGGGACUUCAUUGACUGUUUCCUGAUCAAAAUGGAGCAGGAAAAGCAACAACCACAGUCUGAAUUUCUCAUUGACAACUUGGUCCAGACUACUAUUGAUCUAUUUGCUGCAGGAACAGAGACGACAAGCACCACCCUGAGAUAUGGACUCAUGCUUCUCCUGAAACACCCUGAGAUAAUAGGAAAAAUGCAUGAAGAGAUUGAUCAUGUGAUUGGCCGAAAUCGAAGUCCCUGCAUGGAGAACAGAAACAAAAUGCCUUACACCAAUGCUGUGAUACACGAGAUCCAGCGCUACAUUGACCUGGUUCCCACCAGUGUACCCCAUGCAGUAUCAGAAGAUGUUCAAUUUAGACAAUAUCUUAUCCCAAAGGGAACCACUGUAAUACCAUUAUUGUCUUCUGUUCUCUAUGAUGAGGAAGGGUUCCCCAAUCCAUACAAGUUUGACCCAGGACACUUCCUGGAUGAAAGUGGCAAGUUUAAAAAGAGUGACUAUUUCAUGCCUUUUUCAGCAGGAAAACGGAUAUGUGUUGGCGAGAGCCUGGCUCGGAUGGAAUUAUUUCUGUUUUUUACUAGCAUCUUGCAGAAUUUUACCUUGAAAUCUCUCAUUGACCCAAAAGAUAUUGAUACCUCCCCAAUUUGCAGUGGACUUACCAAAAUACCCUCCUUCUAUGAGCUCUGCUUUCUACCUUACAAAAACAUGUGAAGGACCGCCCCUGGUUCCAAAUGCAGUAGAGUUUCUUCUUGUGCUAUGAAGAAGCUGCAUUGAAAGCCCUCUAUGAUUUCAGCCUACAAUACCCUUCUUGCUUAAUCUAAUACUCCCAAUUUUCCCCAACAUUCCCUAGAAAUUCCCUGGUCUUGGAAUAUUUCUUCUCUUCUCUUCCACUCCACUGAAUGGAAUCCUACCCAUCCUUCAAAUCACAGUUCAGAUGCCCUAUGCUUGUGACCUCUGUAGUAAUUACAGUCUGUACCACACAAUCCACACAAUUUAAGACUGAAUUAUAUUGCCCUCUUAUGUUGUGUA